AUGGACAAACGUAACACAUAUCCCAAUUCAUCACGGCAAAUGUCUGAUCCGCGUCGCAAUAUGCUACAACAUCACCGAGGAAAUUUCAAUAAUUAUAUGCGAGAUAGUAAUAAUAAUAGUAAUGAUAAUUCAAGAAAUUCGGGAGCAUAUGGCGGACAAGGUAUCAAACGUAUGCGCGGUGACGAUUUUCGAAACGAUCAAGGUAGUUCUCAUCGUAUGAAAUGGGAUUCAUUCGAUGACAAUAGAAACAAUACUAAUUCAACAUUAUUGGAAGGAAAUGAUGUUGAUCAACGAUCAGAAGCUAUGAAUCCAUUUACAAAUUUUACAAUGAAUGAAACAGCUGUGCUUUGUCUUACUGUUCAAAAUGCUAAAUAUCCGAUUACACUGGAUAUAAUUCAAAAGAUAUGUUCGAUAACUGGACAAAUUUUACGUAUUUGUAUAUUACGUCGACGUUCUAUUCAAGUUCUCGUUGAAUUCGACUCGGCCGAAACCGCUCGCCGAAUCAAGCUUGAAUUAGACGGUGCUGACAUCUACUAUGGUUGCUGCACAUUAAAAAUCGAUUUUGCCAAUCUGAAGCAUCUCGUCGUGCGUGUCAACGAUCAAGAUAAUCUCGAUUUAACAGUCGAUGAUAAUCAUUGCAGACAAUACGGCUAUGGUCAUCGGAAAACAUUAUUAUCGUCACCACCACCACCACCACCGUCAUCAUCAGCCACUAAUCGUUUCGAACCUUCAAUGGUUAAUAACGAUUCGUUUUCGGCAAAUGCAAGAUUUACUUCACCGGCAAUCAAUGCUCUAGAUCGAUUUUUAAAUCAACGUAUGCCGUCGCAGGAUCGAUCAGCGUCAUCGUGGGAAAAUCCAGGAAGUUUUCAAUCGUCAUUGGUGCAACAACAAUCACAAUUAUUUGAUAAUAACUCACGUUUUUCUGCUCCUCAAAUGGGUUCUCUUGAUCGUUCACAACGUCUUCCUCCUUAUCAAGCCGAAUCGGAUCGUUUUCGUGAACCAUCACCACCACGAACCAUAAAAUCGGAUUGUUCGGUCUUCAAUGUUGAUGGCCUUUCUUCACCGAACUGGAACUGUGAACGAUUAUUCAAUUUACUCUGUGUCUAUGGAAAUGUCCUACGCAUCAAAUUUUUGAAAUCGAAAGAAGGUGGGGCUAUGGUUCAAAUGAAUCGUUGUGAAAAUCUUCAUCAACAUUUGAAAAAUCUAAGUUCAACAUUCAUCUUCGGUCAAACAUUUACUAUUUUUAAUUCACGACAAAGUGAAGUGCAGCCUUUAGCUCGGCCGUUUCCAUUAGAAAAUGGCGAUGCAUCCUAUAUGGAGUUCGAUACAAAUCGUAAUAAUCGUUAUUUAACAAGUGAUCAAGCUAUGAAAAAUCGACCUGUCGGUCCAGCACAUGUGCUCUAUUAUUUUAAUACACCACCGAACAUGUCUGAAGUUGAUAUUGUCCGAUUCUUUGAAGAUGUCGGUGCUAAACGACCAGUUAAGAUAAAAAAUUUUCCAUCACGCAAAGAAUCCCAUCAUGACCGUGAUCGACGACAUAAUAAUCAACCGAGAGGUGUGACUGGCCUAGCUGAAUUUCGAACAAUUACAGAUGCUUGCGAGGCUUUGAUCCUAGCGAAUAAUUAUCCAAUUCCUCAUUCAUCAUCGAGAUGGCCAUAUUUUUUCAAGCUAACAUUUUCUGCUGCACCGAUCACUGAAGAGGGUGCACUAUUGGGCGAAGAGAUAAAUACUAAUGCAGCUAUAAUAACUAUCGACAAUGAUCGACAGCAUCGUCAAAAAUCAUCUGAUGACAAUGAUCGAAAUGCAAGUUCUUCGAACGAACAUCGCCGACGUCGUCAUAGUAGCCCGUCGUCGUAG